UCUGUGUUCACUGGAUUGUUGCCGCUGGGUGCGUGGAGUGCGCGGAGCGAGGAUUUGGAGAGAGGUGAUGGUUGUCGGCUUGUCGACCUGAGAAAUUGGAGACAAUUCUCAAAAAUAGUUCUUGAAGAUUUGGAAGUGGCCAGUGAAGAAACCCGAGCCGCUGAAAGAACCUGUACACCUUCCGUUACGCUCGAAGCUUUUUCCUUGAGAGACGUUAUAAGAAAUUCUGCAGGACAGACUGGACAGUUUAAGUGUUGUCCAGAUUGGACAAUAGACAGCAUUAUCUUCCAAUUGGUGCAAAUUGUUAAAAUACUGCUCUAGCUGCAGCCAUAGCUAAAAGAAGUCUUGAAUUUCAGUUCACGUAAAGAUACAUUUGGGCAUCCUAACAGCUAACCAAGGGCUUCAUCCAUAGUUCUUGCAAUCAUGUCUGCUGGAUCGGUGGAGUCUGAUAAGAUUUUCCAAUGGAUUCAAGACUUGACCAGCGCUGACACCAGAGAAGAAGCACUGUUGGCUCUCAGCAAAAAGCGAGAGGUGGUGCCUGACCUGGCGCCGAUGCUGUGGCACACGGGCGCCGUGAUCGCCGCACUCCUGCAUGAGAUUGUCAGCAUCUACAGCUACAUGAACCCUCCGACGCUGACCGCCAGCCAGAGCAACCGCGUCUGCAAUGCGCUGGCGCUGCUGCAGUGUGUCGCCUCCCACCCGGAUACGCGCUCGGCCUUUCUCGGCGCGCAGAUUCCGCAAUACCUGUACCCGUUUCUGACAACCAAUACCAAGACGCAGCCAUUCGAGUACCUGCGGCUGACCAGUCUGGGCGUGAUCGGUGCCCUGGUUAAGACCGAUGAGCAGGAGGUGAUCAAUUUCCUGCUGACCACCGAGAUCAUCCCGCUGUGUCUGAGGAUAAUGGAGUACGGAACAGAGCUCAGCAAGACCGUCGCCACGUUCAUCCUGCAAAAGAUCCUUUUAGAUGAGACCGGCCUCGCGCACAUCUGUCAGACGUACGACCGCUUCUCCCACGUGGCCAUCACUCUCGGCAACAUGGUCAUCAACCUGGAGAAGGAGAAGUCGGCACGCCUGCUGAAGCAUGUCAUCCGCUGCUACCUGCGUCUCUCCGACAACGCCAGGGCGCGCGUGGCGCUGCGCUCCUGCCUGCCGGACCAGCUGAAGAGCGACACGUUCGACGCGUGCCUGGACGACAAGUCUGUGCGCCACUGGCUCAACAUGCUGCUCAAGAACCUGGAGGAGUCAGCCGGCGACGUGGCGCGCCUGCCGGCCGGCGCCGCGCUGAAGGCGGCGCAGUAGACGGCGCGCG